GAAGACUCGGACUCCGGCGGAGAGGAUAUGUCUACUGAAAUCGAAGAAUUGCGAGUAGCAGCGAAAUCUAUUCAGUCACUACAACGAGUACUCAAGAUGCCACAACAUUCUUCAGAUCGAGGAGUCUUCUCUGAAGCGGACGAAUCAUCUUUGGCUGCUGAUUCGAGUGUUGAUGGACGAGUUUCUGGUAUUUCAACUCGGUUAGGUCAUCCAAGAGGAGUCAUGCAAUUUCUACCAUCUAUGGGGAAUGAAAUUUUCAUUGCACCGGCAGACACUUACAGGAAAGCCUCCCUGACAAGAAAAACUUCAGCUCCGGAUGCCUUCAUGUCAUUGACAGAUGUGCUAUCCGGACCUGAACACGCAAUGAGCCCAAGAGCAAGGUAUGUGUAA